UAGGUGAAAGAUGGUUGCUGAUUCUGACACUUGUCAUCACCCGACCCGAAACGGGUUGCAUUUGGACCGCAAUUUGCCCGAAAUUUGGCGUUCAUUUGCGUUUGUUUUGAUCGUUUUUUUGGUUUUGUCCGUACUCUCUUUCCAAGUGCAGUGUCCACCAUCACAGUCCGGUUUUUCUAUAAAUACUCCACGCUUUGUGCUUCAUUCCUCGCUUUCUUUUUCCUUUUCUUCUAGUUUCAAUUAGAGAGAGAGUGACUUUCCUAGAGAGAGAGAGAGUUAGGUUUUUUUGUUUUUCAUCAAUUUUUGUUGUUUGUUUUUGUGGUUUUGGUUUGUGUUUUCUAUCCUUGUUUUGUAGGUACUGAGGAGGAAGAAAACUCGGAAGAUUGAUUUUGGUUGAACAGCGUACGAUUUGGGAAAGGCCUUGAAGUUGGAGUGUAUUAGAUUGGAAUCUUAGAAGUUGCUGUUUGGAUUUUUGAUCGAAAGAAUGGAGGUAUAUGGCAAAUCUAUGGUUGCAGCUCCUGCAAAUGUUAUUUAUCUGUCAAGUAUUUUGGGCCAAGAUGGUCCUGUUCCUGUUCACAAAUGUGACUGGAAAUGUCAAAAUGAAAAUGUUUGCGGGAACAUGUACCGCUGCAAGCUAACAGGGCUGACUCACAUCUGUGAUAAAAACUGUAACCAGAGAAUUCUGUAUGAUAAUCAUAGCUCUCUUUGCCUAGCAAGUGGCAAAAUUUUCCCCCUUUCGCAAGAAGAGGAACAAGCUGUGAGAGGUGUUCGCAGAAAGCUUGAUGCAGAGAAUUCGCUCGCUGAUAGCUGUGGUUGUAAGCGGAGGCGUGAUGCACAAUUCCACCCGUCUCCUUUCGAGAGAUCCUUCUCUGCUGUCAGUCCUAUCUGCAGCCAAGUUGGAGAUGGCAUGGAUAUGAGCUAGAUAUCUAUUAUUCAACUAAGAAGACUCUGUCAUUUGACUCAUUUUCUCUUAUCCUUUUGAAAUUGCUUUUUUACUUUUUCUAUCGAUAACAGAACUUGAUCGUAUUUGGUGGACUUGAUGUGUCCCCAUGUGCUGUAGGAAGUACUUACUUAUAUUUCUAGCAUUAAUGUAAUGCAGUAUUUGAGGUAGUUUUGCUUGACUGUUGAAUGGGGAUUUGAGCAGUAUCUAUGCACUAGUUUAUGGCACAUGAAUUGACUUUGGUUUCAGUUUUGGGUUAACCUUAUUGAGAGUCAGACUUUGAAAACUGACAAAAGGAUGUGUUCUGGCAUUUUAGAAUGCUUGAAUUUGAUUAUUGACCCGAAUGAUGUAUACUCGGGAAAUGUAUUCAAGUUUCUACUUUAUCUGUA